AUGGCGGACACCAAGACACUGCCCACAAGGUCAGGGACGAUCAUGACCAACUCGACUGCCGACGAAGCGGUGCCCGAGGUCGACCCUACCAGCACCGCUGGUCUCCUUGCGGAGCGUCUUCAGGCCUGGAAACAUGCCGUUGGAUACUUGGAGGACUACAUGGAGGCGGUCGAAAAGAUUCACCGGGCUCAGUCGAAAGAAUAUGAGAAGGCCCUCAAGGUCAUCUCCCACCCCUUGAAGGAGGGCCAUCAUUUUGACCAAAGCCUUGGCGGAGUUGCGGGCUACUUCGAGAACAUGCGCUCCAACACUCAGGCUAUUAUCAACACCAAUAUCGAGACGGAAAAGAGCAUCAAGGGGUCGGUUCUUCCUGUGCUGGAGCGUUUACAUAAAGAAAUCAAGCACAAGAGCAAGGAGCUGGCCCACGGGGCCCAGAAGGGUGCUAAGGAAGUCGACAAGGCUCGCAACACCACGCAAAAGCACAUUGAGCUCCUGGGCCAACAGACCGCUGCAUUUGAAUCGGCUGGCGGUAAGAUGCAUGGCUCUGACGACCCUUAUGUCGUUCACCGUGGUGUCCUGCAUAGGCUUCACAAGCAGGUUCUCGAGGAAAACAACAACCGCAACGACUUGAUUGCCGUCCAACACAACUUCGAAGCCUUUGAGGCCCACGUUAUUGAGGUCAUCCAGCAAGCUAUGGAGGCAUUCAUUCAAUUGACUGGAGGCCAGGCGGAGAAGGUUCGCGCCUUGUACUCUGACAUGCUCGGCGCCAUCCAACGGGUCCCUCCUGAUAUGGAGUGGAAGGGCUUUGUAGCCCGUAGCGGCGACCGUCUAGUCAAUCCCAACGAGCCCCCUCGAUCGGUUGAGUCUGUCACCUUCCCCAACAUGGACCACGUGGCAGUCAAGCCUCUUAUCGAAGGUACCCUGGAGCGCAAAUCACGCAAUAAGUUGUCCUGGGGCUACUCUACUGGCUACUACGUUGUAACCCCAGCCAAGUUCUUGCACGAGUUUAAAGAUUCUGAUAACGCUCGAGUUGACCCCAAGCCGGAGCUAUCUAUCUACUUACCCGACGCAAUUAUUGGGCAGCCUAGCGGAGACAAAUUCAAUGUCAAGGGCAAAGACAAGAGCGGAUCUAUGAGUGCCAAGCUUAGUGGCACUGCUGAGCUGGCUUUCAAGGCACACACUCCUGCGGACGCCCAGAAGUGGUUUGAGAUCAUCAAGAACGUUGCGGGAGCUACUGGGCCUGCUGAAUCAGCUUCCCCCUCCUCGCCCGCCUCGCCUGUCGUUGCUUCCGACGAGAAGUUUGCUGCUGUCUCGCCAGUCACCACAACCUCAGGCAACCACCAAGCCCAAGAAGCUGGCGUCACUGGUUCUGAUCCUACCGCAAGCCCGGAAUUAAUGAGUCCUGUAGAUGGUCCUUCUGCGAGCGCCGCUAUUCCUGCAACCAAGGCGCCGGUGGACGAAAAGAAGGCGUAA